AUGACCUUUGCCUCUACUGCAAAUGUUACUUUUCAACCUUUGGUAAUUGGAAAAUCAGGGAAUAGAAUGGCUUGUGAAGCACAAGAGGAAGACAAGAAGGUCAAGGAGAAGAUUAAUGCUCAUAACUGCAUGAAAACAAACAUCUAUAACAUGAAAAACCAAAUUAGUAACAAAGACAAGCUUGUUGAUAAGUUGGAGACUGAUGAGAAGGAGAAAAUUGCCAUGGUUAUGCCCUUGAAGAACUUCAAGACUGUGCAAUCCAUGGUCAAGUCCACUCUUGACUCAUCUACUUCUAGUAUCAACCGUGCAUCUGCUUGCAAGGCCUACAUCAAGGUGCUCCAUGACUCUAGCCACUGCAUUCGUCGGACCAAUGGCAGGCUACAGUAUGGCAAGAUCAAGGACGAGUCAUUAGGAAUCAGAGGCAAGUUUGCAAUUUGA